UUGGCUCCUUCCGAAACAGGUCGCACACGGGUGGUACUGCGACCAGGUCGAAGUCUUAUGGAUUGGAUACGAUUGACAGCGUCAAGGAGCACGGCAGCAAGGGUAAAAUCGGGCAUCGAUCACGUGGAAUUGAGCAAGCAUGCAAAUGUGAACGAUUGCUGGACGUUACUGGGUGAUCAGGUAUACGAUGUGACCGAAUACUUGUCAUUUCACCCUGGUGGUGUGGACGAGUUGAUGCGAGCUGCUGGUACCGAUGCUACGGAGCUUUUCAACGAGUAUCAUGCCUGGGUGUACGAUGUAACCGAGUAUUUGUCAUUCCAUCCUGGUGGCGUGGACGAGUUGAUGCGUGCUGCUGGUACGGAUGCUACGGAGCUUUUCAACGAGUAUCAUGCCUGGGUGAAUUAUGAGACAAUGCUGAAAACAUGCCUGGUUGGUACGUUCAACGGCGAUCGAAGUCUUUUACGAAAUGCAAAGCCAUUGGGAACCGGUGAUGAAAAAGCAGGUUCAGGCAAAGGCGUUAAUUUUGAAACAGCUGAAAUAAGGGCUAGUAUGAGUUCCGAUGGCCAAUUACGAUUGCACUGCGCAAAAUGGUCUGAAUUAAGGGAUGAAAAUGUUUCACUGGAAUUUAGAGAGAAAAUUCUCAGACUUUUGCUGCAUUUCUCGAAUGGUACAUCAUGCUCGCUUCACUGGACGUAUAUGCCAGAAACAAUUUUCGACGGUUUGAGCGUAACUGUGCGUGAUGAUACAAUAAUGUUACACAUUCAGCAAAAUAACAUCAUUGAUACUAGUAUUCUUCGACGGUGGACAACCGGCUCAUAUUGUGCUAAUUCAGCACGCGAGUACCGAAAUUGUGAAAUAUGUGAAAUGCAUGAAAUUACACACGAUACACGUUUGUUCGUAUUACGAAUGCAGCCAUUUUGCCGUCUGAUGGUUCCGGUUGGCCAUCAUGUUUACCUGCGAAUUUGCAUAAAUGGUAAUUAG